GCUUCUCGCUGGCAAGUCAACAAUGAAGACCAUGCGCGAUGCUUAGGUGCAGGAAGCAUCGCAUUCCUAGGGAUUCCGCUCACAGCUCGCCGCUCGCGCUAACGAUGCCGGCCACCGUGCCAUCCCAGCAAGCGUUGUCCCGCAUUCACGUGGUGUGGCGUCAGGCCUCGUUGGGCAACGGCAACUCGACUUUUUCUUCAACACCCCAAAAAUUUGGGGACCCAGACUUCGAGAUGGUACUCCAGGCCAUCAAGUACUCCAGAGGCCGGCUGGAGAUCCUGGACCAGCUGAAACUACCACAUUCCGAGGAGUACGACCACAUUUACUCGAGCACCGAUGCAUGGCAUGCUAUCAAAGAGAUGCGGACGCGGGGAGCUCCUGCCAUUGCGAUCGUGGCGGCCCUGGCUCUGGCAGUUGAACUUGUUACUUUGAAGCUCCCUUCAAUUGCUGAAGAGGUCAAGAUUUUCAUCAUCGAGAAGCUGGACUAUCUGGUGACAAGUCGGCCUACUGCCGUCAAUCUGGCAGACGCGGCGCGCAAAUUGAAGAAAACGACCGAAGAAGCCACUGUCAGGGAGGGCGCUACUGGCGAGUCCGUGAGGGAAGCGUACGUGGUGGCAGCGGAGAAGAUGCUGAUUGACGAUGUGAGCGACAAUGAGAACAUCGGAAAGCAUGGUGCGGAGUGGAUAGUAAAGAACACCGAAGCCGGGAGGAAGGGCCCAGUCAGCAUGGUGACACACUGCAAUACUGGAUCCCUUGCUACAGCUGGAUACGGUACGGCACUCGGCGUGAUACGGUCGUUGCACGCCUACGGAGCGCUGAAGCAUGCCUUCUGCACCGAGACCAGGCCGUACAACCAAGGAUCCCGGCUGACGGCUUUCGAACUGGUCCACGAUCACAUACCAGGUACACUGAUCACCGACUCCAUGGCGGCAGCGCUGCUCCGACUGAAGGGGUCCAGCGGGAACAUUGCAGGUAUCGUGGUCGGCGCGGACAGGGUAGCGGCGAAUGGGGAUACUGCGAACAAGAUCGGUACCUACUCAUUAGCUAUCCUCGCCCGGCACCACGGAGUCAAGUUUCUGGUCGCUGCGCCGCGAACCACUAUCGACCUGGACACAAAAUCCGGAGAAGACAUCGUCAUCGAGGAACGGCCAGGAAAGGAGGUUACUCUGGUCAAAGGGCCCAGGCAUGACGGCGUAACGCUUGACCUUGGGGUUGUCGAGACAGUCAGCAUUGCCGCGAACGGGAUUGGGGUCUGGAACCCAGCGUUCGACGUCACUCCCCAUGAGCUAAUCGACGGGAUCAUCACCGAGGUUGGAGUCGUAGAAAAGGACAGCGAUGGAGUGUUCCACUUGGAGGAGGCGUUCAAGGUCGAUGGCGUGAAAGAUAAGCCAUCAAAGAUUGGGAUAUCUGAGGAGAUAUAGUGCGGACGUCUACACACCGACGUCUCCAAAUGGCCCGGCAGUGUAGAGGAGAUAUGCCCCACAGUGCGCCAUCAUCAUCCCGUUCGUGC